GCCAGAAACUAAGCAGCUGCAGCGCAAAGAGAAAGUAUAUUUUGUACGAUAGUUCCACAAUGACUGCAUGCUGCAGUUUGAAGAGUGUGUGUGAAUAUGAAACUUCCAAAGUCGUGCGCAUUCAGAGUGUUUACUAUGGGAGCAUCAAGUGGGCCAUCCACUCUGUCGUCUUCUUGUAUGUCUGUGUUGUACUUAUUGCCGACAAACGCUAUCAAAAGAGGGACUCCGUUAUCAGCUCAGUGCAUACGAAAGUAAAAGGGGUGGCUCAGACUGAACUGAGAAUCUGGGACACGGCAGAAUACACCAUCCCCAUGCAGGGAAUAGAUUCCUUCUUUGUGGUGACAAACAUCAUCAUGACUGAAAACCAAAUCCAGGGGCCUUGCCCUGAGUUCCCCAUGGCCAAAGCUGUUUGCUCUGAUGACAGGAGUUGUUCAAAAGGUCGUAUGAACCCCCAGAGUAGUGGAAUCCAGACAGGCAGAUGUGUGAAGUACAACACAACUGUUAAAACAUGUGAGGUCAUGGCCUGGUGCCCUGUGGAGUCCACCAAAAGUGCACCAAAGCCUGCUAUUCUGAGGAGUGCUGAAAACUUCACCGUCCUCAUCAAAAACAACAUCCACUUCCCAAAGUUUAAUUAUACAAAAAGAAACAUUUCACCGGAAUUCAAUAUUUCCUGCACAUACAACAAAAACUCUGCUCCGCAUUGCCCCAUUUUCCGCCUGGGAGAUAUUCUCCAAGCAGCAGGAGAGAAUUUUUCAGAGGUGGCCAUUCAGGGAGGCAUUAUGGGUAUCGAAAUCAACUGGGAUUGCAAUUUGGACCGAUGGCUCCAUCGUUGUAACGCCAAGUAUGGCUUCCGGCGCCUGGAUGACAAAAAAGCAAGUGAAGCGUUAUACCCCGGCUACAACUUUAGGUUUGCAAAGUACUACAAGCAGGCCAACGGGAAGGAAGAGAGGACUCUGAUCAAAGCUUACGGCAUACGCUUCGACAUCCUCGUCUUUGGCACGGCAGGACAAUUUAACUUCUUUGAGCUGCUGGUAUAUAUAGGUUCAGCACUUUCCUAUUUCGGCCUGGCUCAAUUAGCUGUGGAUUUCCUUAUCACUUCGUAUACAUUUCCUUGCUUCAAAUCAAACCCUGUGAAGGAAUAUUAUUACAGGAAGAAAUGUGAGACAGUGCCAGGACCCAGAUGGACUCUGUUGUACUUGGCCUAUGUUGAUGAGCCGCACAUUGUUAUGAUCGACAAACGGUUGACGACAAGUUUACAGAAAAUUAAAGGCGAGAUUAUUCCCAGACGGAAGGGCGAUUUCAUGCGCGUGGCCAAACUCCCACCACAACGACCGGAUGAAGCCGCCUCUCUCGGAAAUGCCCAAGAGCUGCAGCCCCUGCAAAAGAAAGAGGACACGACUUUCUGCCACGAGCGUCCGUCUUGGUGUUGCUGUGGAAAAUGUCGCCCAGCGCAGCCACACUGGGAGCAGCUUUGCUGCCGGAAGAAGGAUGGGGCGUGCAUCACAGGUUCUGCGUUGUUCGAGCAGCUGGUCCUUUCUAGAUCAACACUGGAGUUUAUCCUUCUCUACGAAGACCCCUUGCUGGACCUGAAAGCAGAGACUCUCAACAGGCAGCUCCGGCAUUGCUCAUACAAGCAGUACAUUCGCUGGCGCUUUGGAGAGGGCUGCGACCUAGAAAAACUGGCUGUCCUCCCAAACUGCUGCCGCUGGAAAAUCAGAGAGGCCUUUCCCAGCGAGGACGGCAAGUAUGCUGGUUUCAAAAGGAAGAAAUAACUUCCCAGGGAGACUCUCCACACUAUGGCCUCAGCACAUGCUGGGGUGAGGAAUAGAAGUGUUGGGGCCUGCAAGGUAACGUGGGAGAGGGGAAUAAUUUGGAAAACCUCCUACCCCAAAAAUCUGUCACUGCCAGAAGUCUGUAAACACUCAGGGACUCCCUUCCCCGAUGCUCUGCUUUGUUUACUCUCAGCAUUCCAUGCCUCCUGGAGCAUAUUCCAAACUUAGGUAAAGGUAACGGUAGUCCCCUGUGCAAGCACCGAGUCAUUACUGACCCAUGGGAGGACGUCGCAUCACAACUUUUUCUUGGCAGACUUUUUACAGGGUGGUUUGCCAUUGCCUUCCUCAGUCAUCUACACUUUACCCCCAGGGAACUGGGUGCUCAUUUUACCGACCUUGGAAGGAUGGAAGGCUGAGUCAACCUUGAGCUGGCUACCUGAACCCGGCUUCCACCAGGAUUGAACUCAGGUUAUGAACAGAGCUUGGGCUGCAGUACUGCAGCUUAACACUCUGCACCAUGGGGCUCUUAUUCCAAACUUAUUUUGGAAGAUUUCAUUUUCUUCUGACCCAUUCACAAAGUCAUAUUUGUAUAUUUGGGGGGGGGGGUCCCCUGAAUACGCAGAGACUAUCUCCUUGUCUAUGGCUGGCCUGUGUAUGUUGCCUUUGCGACCAUAAUCGAGACGGGAGGGCGGUCUCUUGACUAUUAACUCAGUGGGAGGCACCACUCACUCAUCUUCCAGGAACCCCGCCCCUCCAGAGGUCAUGUGAUCUGCUCAUUCCCACCCAACCAUUCAAGGCUUGCUUCUCAUUCCUACCUGGUUGAAACUGAAAUGAGGUGGCUGCCAGUUCUCUCUACACGCUCAAAUGAACCUCAUUUCAUGUGACCCCCUCCCACUUCCCAUACACUCACUCGCACAGUCACACUUCAGUUUUCUCCCUUGAG